CUAGAAAAGGAACGAGAGCAACUAAGCUAUCUCCUCAUUCGUGUUUUCUAUAUAUAUAUAUAUUUGUUCCCGUACUCCAUACUUAACGGGAAAAAUCCAGUUUAUGGUAUUUAAUUUGCAGAGAGAAACACAACACAAGGGUGACAGAAAUUCUUUGGUUCCUUUUAUAUAUUUUGGUAAAGCGAAAGGAAGAAGUGUAGGAAGCCUCCAAUUUUCAUCUUGUCCGCGAGCUGGAAUAGAGAAAAAGGGUGCUGCGCGCAAUUUGGAAUAGAAAUCCAUUAAUUCGAAGGGGCGAGAGGUUUAUGCAAUGGAAAUCCUGGAUCUGUUCAUCGUUGCACUGAUGCCAGUCCUGAAAACCCUCCUCAUUACUGCCGUUGGAUUACUGAUUGCAAUAGAUCGUAUAGGUCUCUUGGGGCCGGACGCAAGGCAUCAUUUGAACAAUAUUGUAUUUUAUGUGUUCACUCCUGCGCUCAUGGUUAGCAACUUGUCUGAAACUAUAACUUUGGACAGCAUGAUUACAUUGUGGUUCAUGCCAGUGAAUAUCCUUCUCACAUUUCUUAUUGGCUCAAUACUUGCAUGGUUACUUAUCAAAAUCACCAGAACUCCUAAACAUCUACAUGGCCUUGUAAUUGGUUGCUGUUCUGCAGGAAAUCUGGGAAACUUGCUUCUGAUUAUUGUCCCAGCAGUCUGUGACGAAACAAAUAGCCCAUUUGGAGAUUCAUCCACCUGCUCGACAAAUGGAGAAGCUUACGCUUCACUUUCUAUGGCGGUUGGAGCAAUUUACAUAUGGUCUUAUGUGUAUAUGAUCAUGCGGGUAUUUGCAAAUAAGACAACUGAAGAUAUCGAUACACAUGACUCCACAAUGAGCAUAACGUUUUCUGGAGAACCCUCGGAAACAUUUUCAGGGACUUGCACGGAAGCACUGCUUCCUUCAAGGGACUGUCCUAGCUCUGAUGACCAUUCUGCAUAUCAAGUUGAUUUGCCUCGCAUUAGAUCUGUGGGGAAGGUGUCAAUUCUGAAUCAGAUUAUAGAGCGCACCAAGAAGUUUGCAGGACAUAUCAAUCUGAAGAUGGUGUUCGCACCAUCUACAAUUGGAGUGAUUGUUGGGUUCAUCAUCGGAAUAAUUUCUCCAAUUCAGAAACUAAUGAUUGGUGAUAGCGCUCCUCUACGUGUGAUCAUUAGUUCUGCAUCUCUACUGGGGGAGGCAACAAUUCCAUCAAUGACUUUGAUAGUGGGAGCAAACCUGCUUAAGGGCUUAAGAAGAUCAGAAGUAGGUCUCAUACUUAUUGUAGGUGUUAUAGCAGUUCGGUAUAUUGUAUUGCCGCUUUUGGGGGUUGUUAUUGUUAAAGCUGCACACAGUUGGGGCAUGGUGGGAUCAAAUUCAUUAUACCAAUUUAUCCUUAUGCUUCAGUAUGCACUUCCACCUGCAAUGAGUGUAGGUACCAUUACGCAGUUGUUUGGGGCUGGUGAGAGUGAAUGUUCUGUUAUCAUGCUAUGGACAUAUGCUGUGGCUUCAUUCUCUCUUACAUUCUGGUCAACCUUCUACAUGUGGCUGGUGUCAUAAUUUAUAUCUUCUACAUUUGUUUUAAAUAACCUUUUGUGAUUCCCUCCUUGGUCACACAAGGCUAUAUAGCAUAUAUUUAUAUUGAUCAAAUUAGACUAAGUAUUUUUUUAUUUUUUUUUAUAUAUUUAGUUUCUUCUGUUUUUUUUUUGCUGGGCGUUUGACUUGUUUUAUAUGUAUGUAUGUAUGCAUGUAUACAUUCACAUAUACAAUAUGGAAAGUAAGCUUUAUAUAAAAG